CGCCGAAAGUCGAAGCAAAAGAAACAUAUGACCUGUCAAUGCUAUGCCAGCGUUUCAUGGGUUAUGGUUACAUUUGUAAUUAUCAUUCCUUUUAUAAUUAUUCUCUUAUAAUUGAAAACAUUUAUUUUAAUUACAAAGAGAAAAUACAGAUAGACAGACACGGAGUGCAAAAAAAAAAAAAAAACAAACAGCUGCAGCAACAACAACAACAACAUUAGAGAAUCUUUCUUGGUAUUAUCGGGCUUUUUCUCUAAUGCAGUGUUCUCGUUUUUUUUUUUUUUAAUUUGUUUGGAGUAAAGGAGCUUCUUCUUUUUUGCUUUUGUUGAAUCAGAAAGCCUCUUGCUUAAUCUCUGUUUUUCACUUGUUUUUCUUGCGUAUAAUACACGCCAAUAUUUUCCUCUUGGAUUAUUUUUGGGUUUGUUAAGUUGUUAUUCUGUUGAUUGAAACAUUACUAAAUUCUUGAAAGUGAGAGAAGUGAAAGAGAUUAUGCAAAAGAAAUGAAUUCAAAUUUGGCUUCCUCUCAUUCACGAGGCAUGUCCUCUAAUGCUAAACCAAAGAGGCUGUAUCAAGUCUGGAAAGGAAGCAAUAGAUUCUUUUGUGGUGGGAGAUUGAUAUUUGGUCCUGAUGUGGCAUCAAUGUUUCUGUCUACACUUCUUAUUGCUGGACCUGCAAUUGCCUUUUGCAUUAAAACCUACUUGAAGAUUGUGGACAAAGAUACUAAAAAUCCUUUCCAUUGGUGUCCUGUGUUAAUUGUCGGAGUGCUUCUAACCAUCUUAGAUUUAUUGUUUCUUUUCAUGACCUCUAGUAGAGAUCCUGGAAUAGUCUCUAGAAAUUCACGGCCUCCUGAAUCAGAUGAAGCACUUGAAAUAGCUACCCCUUCUAUGGAGUGGGUCAAUGGUAGAACUCCACAUUUAAAAUUACCCCGGACAAAAGACGUAAUGGUAAAUGGCCAUACAGUAAAAGUUAAGUACUGUGAUACUUGUUUGCUUUAUCGUCCUCCCCGUGCUUCUCAUUGUUCAAUCUGCAACAACUGUGUUCAGAGAUUUGAUCAUCACUGUCCAUGGGUUGGUCAAUGCAUUGGAAUACGUAACUACCGGUUCUUCUUCAUGUUUAUAUCAACAGCAACUAUUUUGUGCAUAUAUGUGUUUGUCUUUUCCUGGAUUCACAUCCUCAGUAGAAAGGAGCAUACUUGGAAAGCCAUAACACACAAUAUCCUCUCCGAUUUUCUCAUAGUCUACUGCUUCAUAGCUGUCUGGUUUGUUGGUGGCCUUACAAUUUUCCAUUCCUAUCUGAUUUGCACAAACCAGACCACCUAUGAGAAUUUCCGUUACAGAUAUGAUAAGAAGGAGAAUCCAUACAAUAAGGGAAUGAUAAGAAAUGUGAUAGAAAUAUUUUUCACUAAGAUUCCACCUUCAAUGAAUAAAUUCCGUUCAUUCAUAGAGGAAGAUGAGAAUAUGGUGGCGACACCAGUCUUGCCAAGCCUUGGGGAUGGUUUUGUUCGCUCAAAGGAGAAAAUUGACAUUGAAAUGGGAGCUAAGCUCACAGAAGAAAGGAAUUAUUCCCUUCCGGAAAUUCUGCGAAAUUUGGAUUAUGAUGAUGAUGAUGAUUCAGAUGAUAAUUCCAAGACAAGGGAGCAAGAAGAAAUGCCUUCUUCUGACCCAUUCUUACGAGGCGAGCAAGUACCAAAACCACUGUUGCAAAUCUCUGUUGUGGGAGAUGAACUGAGAGAUUCUGUACAAGGUUUAGAUAUUCGGAAUGAAGUACAAGAAUCUUCCUUGAGCUCAAGAGAAUCUGUGGAAUGUUCUACUGCUGGAGAUGGAGUGAAAAAUUCUAGCACUGAAGAUGAAGUAAGAGAAAUUGCACAAAGAUAUAAUGCUGAAGCUGAAGUCAGAGAAUCUGCUGAAACCUCUUUUGUUGAAGAUGGGGCAAGAGGUUCUAUCAAGAGUUCUAUUACUGGAGAUGGGCUAACUCACAGGGAAUCAAAUGAUAAUUAAAAUUCACAUGAAAUAACAGAACCAUUCCUUCAAGCUAAGAGGUUUUGCAAGAAACAUCUCUUCAAUGCGGAGUUCAAUUCAAGUUUAUUGUAUUGACAGUGCGGGUUGGUUGGACCCUUCGGAGGGCUGGAAGUGGCUUCCUAAAGGUUAGGAGCUACCUUACCAAUGCUGCUUUUUGCUAGAGAAGAACUAGAGUUUGAUAAACAGUUCGAAAUCUUCAUCAUACAAUUUGGGUUGUGCUUGUUGCAAGUUGUAAAUGAAAUGUUUUGUAAUAAUGUAGAAAAACACAAGGAAGUUUACAGUGUCUGUAAGGGUAAAAUGUUUGAGAUUUGGUUGCCUAAAUAGGACUUUUUCUUGCUCCUUUCGUUUUUAUAAUUUUAAGACGGAUGGUGUGUUUUCUGUUGAUAAUAGUAAGAAUUGUAGGAUAUUUGAUUUCCUGUUGAUGAAGUUACCUCAAUUUGUCAAAUAUAUACUAAUAAAAAAUGUUGGAUCUUGAUUUUAUAUUA